UCCUCCUCAAAAUCACAAAACCAUUCACAUCUUCAAAAGUUAUUGUUUCAUUGAUUCGUUUGUAAAUUGCAACUGCAACCGUAGUAGAAACAUUAAUUAGGGUUUUUAAACCUCGAUCGUCCAUCGAUUCUUUUCGCAUUUUUACCAGGUCAAUGUAAUUAGCCUGAAAGAUGGGUAAGAUAACGCUUGGAUCUCACACGGUAAAGAGCCAUGGAUGGAAAGUGGCUCGAGAGCAUCUAAUUGACUGGAUCAUCCUCGUCCUCCUCGGUAUUGUCAUCAUUGUUCUCAACAUUAUGGAGCCAUUUCAUCGCUACAUCGGGCCAGACAUGUUGACCGAUCUAACUUUCCCAUUGUAUCAAGACACCAUCCCUAUUUGGGCUGUCCCGAUUAUUUGUAUAUUGGUUCCGAUAUGCAUCUUCACAGUGUACUAUUACUUUGGAAGAGAUGUUUAUGAUCUUCAUCACGCCAUUCUCGGUAUUGGAUUCUCAUGUCUUGUGACUGGAGUCACCACUGAUUCCAUCAAAAAUGCGGUCGGUAGGCCACGACCUAACUUCUUCCACCGAUGUUUUCCCGAUGGUAAAGCGAAAUUUGAUUCGGUUACUAAGGAUGUUGUGUGCCAUGGAGUUAAAAAAAUCAUCAAAGAAGGUUACAAGAGUUUUCCUAGCGGUCACACUUCCUGGUCCUUCGCCGGUUUAACUUUCCUUGCAUGGUACUUAUCGGGGAAGAUCAAAGUCUUUGACAGAAGAGGACACGUGGCAAAGCUAUGCCUUGUGUUCUUACCAAUACUCGUCGCAGUUCUCAUCGGAAUAACACGCGUCGACGACUAUUGGCAUCAUUGGACCGACGUCUUCGCCGGUGCGAUCAUCGGAAUAUUUUUCUCAUCUUUAUCUUACCUCCACUUUUUCCCUUACCCAUACGACGACAAUGGAUGGGCACCACAUGCGUAUUUUAGAAUGUUGGCCGAGAGUAGUCGUCGUGACACAACGAUGACUCGGAGCGGUUCACGAGAGAUGUUGGAAAACGACGUUGAGCUUGGCUCUAGCUCCAUGCCGCACCAUCGUAAUCGAGGAAGCACUGAUUCUGAAUGAUAAUA